AUGUCGCACAACAUCAACAUCACCAACCUCUCCGGCCAUGAUCAGGACUUCGAAGUCCACGGCUGGAAUAGUAAUCAGAAUAUGACGGUCCCUGCGGGUCAGACAUUUGUUAUCAGCGCAGCGGAUGGGUCAUCGGGCGCAAUAAUCGCGCUGCAUUUUGGUUUCGAAGGCGAGCAGGCCGAGAUCACCAAAGAUGGGUUUGGUGGUAAGCCGAGACGGGAUGAGUACCGGCUGUUUAUCUUGCUAAAUCCUCGAAUAGGGAACGACUUCAUCGAUAUGAGCAACAUCAUGGGAGCCGGCGGCAACAUGACAGUCCAACAAGUCAAUAACCCAUCCACCCGCAAAGGUGACCCAAUCUUCAUGCAAAACCUCAACACUGCGUGGCAAGCAGCGGACGGUCCCACCAAGCAAUCCUUGCAGCCAUGCGUGCAACUUGAUGGCAAUGGCAACGUAGUCAGAAUCGCCGCUAUCAAGGAUUACCCCCAGCUGGAGACGUUCGUCCGAUCUUUCGCCGAUGGACAAACCUAUAUUGGCAAUGGCGCAUGGGGUGGAAGCUCAGGAAAUCCUAGUGACAAUAACCAGUCAUCAGCUGCGCAGGGGGAUACGGAUAUCCAGGUAACCUACAAUGAUGGCGAUGCAACACCACCAACUACCGCUGUCUCUCAAUUCAAAAAGCCCGGAUCCAAGCUCGUGCAAACUCAUCAACGCGAUGCCUCCCCCUCCGGCCCAGGCAUUAUCCUGAACAACCACACCAGCAGCCAACAAACCUACGCCUUCUACAACAACUACUGGAACGGCAACGAUACCGCAGGCGCGAACUUCGACCACCAGGAUCCCACCGUCCAAGUCGACGCCAACGGCUCGCUCUUCGUAAGCCUACCCACAUCCUUCAAAGGGCGCGUCCAGCGCGGAACGCAGCUGCCGGCCACGUGGGUCGAGUUUCAAAUCGCCGCAUCCAACGACAAUGCCGCCCACGGGGACAUCAGCCUCGAGCAAGGGUGCGACGGGGCCGCUACCAUCAGCGCAACGGACGGAAGUGGGCAGUCGAACGGGUUCACGAACGAUGUCUUGUCCGGGGCGCCUGCGGCCGCUAUACAGGAUAAGCCCGACGGAACGCCCGCGUUGGCGACGACCGUGGGUAAUUGGAUGAGUGGGCCUAAUCAGGCUGCGAUUGAUUGGGAAAACCAGGCCGUGGGGCAGUCGAAGGCUUAUAUCCAAGGAGGUACUGGGGUGCCGGAUGUGGCGAGCACGAACCAGUCUGCCAAAGGUUGGGACGGUCUCAUCUUCCAGCUCUUUGAAGAUGCGUUGGCGCCUGGGGUUGUCAGUGUGACCGAAGCUGGGCAGACGAUCACUGGAGGCGAGGUACUGGAGAGGAGAGGCUGGGGCGCUUGA